GUGUGUUGCAGUACGGUGACAUGUUACACGCAGUACCUGUCUGUGACCAACGGCCAGCUGUGUUUCCACGCAGGCGCAGUUGAGGAGGCGGCGAACGCGACCCCGCACAGGAGAAGCAAUGUGGUGCGCGUCGGCGCCGAGGAGGUGUUUGCACUCGUCUUUGCGUCUCAUGAAGACGCCGGGAGGCAAAACGCCGGCGGAGCGGCGCUGGCUGACGCGGCAGCUCAGAGACCCGUACGUCAAAGCUUCCCGCGCCCAGAGCUUUCGGUGCAGAAGCGCCUUCAAGCUGCUGGAGAUGGACGACAAGUUCGGGGUCCUACAGCCUGGGGACAGCGUGGUGGACUGCGGAGCCGCGCCCGGAGCCUGGAGCCAGGUGGCCGUCCAGAGGGUCAACUCGGCCGGGACAGAUCCAGAGUUACCACGCGGCACAGUUGUUGGCAUUGACCUGCUGAACAUACCUCCUCUGGACGGUGCCCACUUCCUGUCCCGCCACGACGUCACCGACCCCGCCACACACGCCAAGCUGCUGGAGCUGCUCCCCGACGGCCGGGCCCACGCCAUCCUGAGCGACAUGGCGCCAAAUGCCAGCGGUUUCCGGGAGCUGGACCACGAGAAACUCGUCAUGAUGUGUUUGUCUUUGAUAGACUUGGCCGAGAAGAUUUUACAGCCGGGGGGUUCGCUGGUUUGUAAAUACUGGGAUGGGAUCCUCGUUCAGAAACUGCAGGAGAGGCUCUCGCGUGCGUUCGGUAGCGUUCGGACUCUAAAGCCAAACGCCAGCAGGAAGGACUCGGCUGAGAGAUAUUUCCUCGCUAGAAUGUACAGAAAGCCAGUGAAAUGAGGGUCCUUGUCUUUUAUUUUUCUGCUGUGCAUCCUUAAAAGUGAAAAAUCUGGUCAGUUUACAUGUUUUGUUGAGAUUCACAGAAGUGCCCGCUGUGUUUUUUGACCAGUCUGAACAUGAAGAAGGGGCUCACUUAAUAACGUUGAUCAAAAGGUGGCACUGUUGAGACAUCAGUGGGGCUCACAGCUGCAGGCACAGACACAUCCCCAUGCUGUUGCUGGGGAUUCUUCUCCUAGUAAACUUAAAACAGUUGCAUCAGUGAAUCAGUGAUAUGUAAACCUAUGCAAAAAUCAUCAGUGUGAUAUUCCUCAAGAGCCCGAUGCUGUGUUUUCUCUGAAGUUAUUGUUUGCCCCCCAGUGUUUGUUCUACACACUCAGUUUGGUAUUUGCUUUGUUACAGAAAGUCAUUUACCAGUGCUGCUUAUGCUAAUAAUUUGCACUGCCAGCCAUGUAGAAAUAUGUAAUCAUUCUCUCAUUGAGAGUUUAUGAAGGGAAAACCUAAUACACGAGAGUCACAUACAGCAUGACUAAUGGGAAGUGGGAUGAAACUGAAGCUUGGGACGCUGCAAGUGUUGUUGGGCUCUUCUCUCUGACAGUGAAAGAGAUGGCCAUUUCCUGGGAAGGUAUUUUCAGGACAGAUUUUGUUUGUUUUUUUGUAAAGAUUCUUCUUUAAAUCACUGUACCGAUCAUUUUGGAAAUAACUACUUAUUAAGUUUGUUUUUGUGAUUGUUUUCUGUUCUGGGUUUGGAACCACUGGUCAGGAAAUAAAAGGAUCUUUCUGUCAGAGCUACAUUAUAAGAGACAGGAAACACAUAUUUCACGUCGCAGAAAUCUAUGUAGGGAUUCGCAGUAGAGACCUUACUGAUACAACACCGUCUGCGGUGCCAUGCACGUAAUUGUUCUUCUUUGACUUGCAGCCCAGUGACUCCAGUCCCCAGGGGUGUAGCACGAAAACUUGGGCCCCGUGCAUAUGCCGACCCCUUCCCCUCGUAAUACAUCAGCUCUCAGGCAUGUACAAAUAAUUUUGUCGCUUUCUCUUUUAUCAUUUCUUGCGCAUUUUAUGCCAACGGUAAGACAGAUGGGGAAUGACUUGCAACAUGGGGACCCCUACUGGACCGGGGACGUGGCGGUCAACGGUCGGCUCCUCCACCCCCUAGGCCACCAGGGUGCUCCCAUGUGCAAAUAAGUGAAUAACAAACAAUACAUGCAUUCUUAAUGACUGUGGAGGUUUCGUGCGACUCUUUGAAUCAACUGUUACUCAAAUAAAUCUGUGACACUUUUA